GCAAAUGCAAUGCAUUUCCAGGCAUUCCUGUUGGAUGGACUGGUGAGGUGGAACGAGGACCAUGCGCAAGCAGCAGUGGAGGGAAAGAACAGGCAGCCCCUGCUCUGUUACAGUGGCCACCUGCAGCACAUCCUUAACCUCAGCAGCCAAAGGGUGCUUGGCAAGGAACAGGUUCAGGACGACUCCAAGCCUAGCAAGUACACGGGGGAACUCCUCGGAGUGGAGUACCUGUACUCGCAGACUGGCAGAGUGCUGCAGGAUGUCAGCGCGAACCCUGACCUUCCGGAAGAGGCAGCCGCCGUCGAGCAGCUCGACGAGGAGGACGAGGGCUUUCAGGAGGAGGAUGUGGACCCGACAGUCCACAUCCCUCAUGUCCCUCCUAUGAGCGGCCCGUCCUCCAGCUCAGCGGCACCUCUGUCAGGGGAACCCGUUGAAGCACCCAGGUCUGGGCCAUCCAGUCUCACCGCCCCUGAAAACGAACCCGCUCCUAAGGCCCCUGAUCGACACGGUUCUCCUCACCCUGACCACUCCUCUGAUUCAGAGGGGGAGACAAAAGGCCCUGAUAGACUGCCUGGCUACCAGCAUGUCUGUCGGCUUGCCAGGGCCUUGGUGGGGGUGAGGAACCGUCAGGGGCUGUCGGACCGCAGGGUAGACGGUCUGGUGGCGCUGUGGCUGGCGCUGCCAGACUUAGACAAGCGGCGCUUGAUCGACCCGGCCCGACACCAGGAGAGGAUCGUUCAGGGGCGGUUCAAGGCAAAGAAGGGGAAGUCGUCCAUUCUCCUAGGAAAAGACUCUCUCCAAUGUUGCCUUGUCGGACUCAACUCGGGCCCUGCAAAUUGGCCGGGCACCAGCCGUUUGGUGGAGGCCAUUUGCAGUCAGCUCUGCCAAAUCCAUCCCAACGCCACGCAGUCUGCCGGCGUCAAGAAGAGCAGGUGGGCGCUCAUUCUGGCAGACGACGUGGCCAUCAGGGAGGCUGAACAGCCCAGACCAACCUUCAGCUCUCUGAGCUGAAUCAAAGGACCAUCAGUCAGUGGUUCUCCCGGCGUCAGAGGGAGAGGGAAAGGAUGGUGCUGCAGCAGGGAUUGGGCUCGCUGCUGCCCCCAGCGUCACCGCCAAGCCCAUCCCUGCAGCCAAGCCCCGCCCCUCCCUGCAGCCCCGCCCCUCCCUGCAGCCCAGCCCCUCCCUCCACUACCAGCGGGAGGGAAUCCAGGCACUCUUCCCUUUCCCUACGCCGCCCCCACCAGUCCCACGCCAGACCACCCAGCAAGGAAGGCCCACCUGGAGCAACAAUCCCCCGCACUUCCCGGCCCCUCCCAAGCCCUGCAAGCCCAAGGACCACAGACGGGCUCCUCUUCACCUCCUCCGGUGCCAAGGACAACGGCGUGGAGGAGGAAGAGGAUGGCGGAGGACAAAGAGAAGGGGACAUCUGGGAAGAGAAGGCAACGCGAGCAGUACGUCUGCUCCAAAUGUGGGUUGCCGAAGCAACGGGAGACGGGGCACAGCCGUUUCGGCAGCGUGGGGUUCUGCUCUGUUGCUGCGGGGGGUAAGACCGUGGCCCAGUGGCUGGAGGAAAUGAAGGACGCUAAGGGGGUAAGACCGUGGCCCAGUGGCUGGAGGAAAUGAAGGACGUAUAAGGGGGUAAGACCGUGGCCCAGUGGCUGGAGGAAAUGAAGGACGCUAAGGGGGUAAGACCGUGGCCCAGUGGCUGGAGGAAAUGAAGGACGCUAAGGGGGUAAGACCGUGGCCCAGUGGCUGGAGGAAGUGAAGGACGCUAAGGGGGUAAGACCGUGGCCCAGUGGCUGGAGGAAAUGAAGGACGCUAAGGGGGUAAGACCGUGGCCCAGUGGCUGGAGGAAAUGAAGGACGCUAAGGGGGUAAGACCGUGGCCCAGUGGCUGGAGGAAAUGAAGGAAGCUAAGGGGGUAAGACCGUGGCCCAGUGGCUGGAGGAAAUGAAGGACGCUAAGGGGGAGAGGUGAAGGACACUAAGAGGGAGAGGUGAAGGACACUAAGGGGGAGAGGUGAAGGACACUAAGGGGGAGAUUUGAAGGACACUAAGGGGAGAAUUGAAGGACACUGAGCCACUGGCUGUGAUGGUCGGAUGUUUUUAUUGUAAAUAGUUCCCUGUUCCCCUCUACCUGGACCGAGACCUUGAAUGCGGUGUAGAGGCUUGUGUGUGUUGAGAACCCUCAGAGCUAUAUUGUCUGUAGUUUACAAGACCUACUGGUAGGGUAACCCAUGGUAGGUCUGAGGCGAGACACCAGACUAACGUCGGUCCGUUCCCAAGCAACAUGCACAUUUUAUGAGUACUCUGUCGUAAACGGCCGCGACCGGGAGGUCCGUGGGGCGACGCACAAUUGGCCUAGCGUCGUCCGGGUUAGGGAGGGUUUGGCCAGUAGGAUUGUCUCAUCGCGCACCAGCGACUCCUGUGGCGGGCCGGGCGCAUCAUUAGUCAUUUAGGUCAACAUUGGAUCAUUCAGAGAUCCUCACUGAACUUCUGGAGAGAGUUUGCUGCACUGAAAGUAAAGGGGCUGAAUAAUUUUGCACGCCCAAUUUUUCAGUUUUUGAUUUGUUAAAAAAGUUUGAAAUAUCCAAUAAAUGUUGU